CCUAACGACAUCUCGUCAACCGCACCUAUGAUCUACCUCUUCCAUGCUGAUCGCCCUCUUAAACGCCAAAGAGCUUGUUGAAUCCGCCAUUCUAAGCUCUAGCCUCGAUACUGGCUACUCACUCUCAAGACAAACUGUUAUCCUAUUAUCAAAUUCGGAGAUCUGUUAACGAUGGCUUGCAGCUCGAGCGAGCCUUUGCAGCCAACACUACCUGAUGGUAACGCCUUUUCGACUGGCCUUGCAGCUUUAGAGACGGUUGAAUACCAUAUAUCAGGACUUCAUGGUGGAAGAAUCAUUCUACACAGACUUUUAUGUGUGCUGAAAACCCCAUAGGCCUCUCCAUGACUAUUUCUAUGCAUGUCUCUCGCAACUUUCUUCAACAGCACCAUGGAAUUAUUCGGAGAACUCCUUUGACAGUUUUAAUCACCUGAGUCUUUUAGCGUUGGAUUAUUCGAUUUAAUCGACCAUUUCUUGGUCUUGUGGCGUUUGUUGAGCAACUAUAAUGCCGUUCGAUCCUGUCGUCUAUUCAUGGGUUUCUCGCAUGUUGCUAGGUAUCUAGUCAUCUUUGUCGCCUGCGAUACCCACUUCCCUCAAGUCAAGCAAACAAAGUGCAAUUCUCUUUAUGAUCUAUUCUUAAUUUCAUUAAGUCCGGGCUCUCCUGCUUUGAGCGAAUAAAUCAUAAGUAAUAGAAAAAGAGAGUGACCCUCACUUUUCAUAUACUCCGUAAUCAGGCCCCCAAAAAGUUUGUUGUUUCGUUCUUGAUAUGGUUAAAAAUGGUCUACGAUUGAUCGCAGACGACCAAGUAAGGGCAGAUGUUUGCCUAGCCAUUUCGGAAACUGGCGCUGAAAGUCAUCUCCAGAGUCCUAGGCCAAAGUUCCAGGACGACUCAACCAUACCGAGCUCCCUAUAAAGAAUGGCCAGUCAUCGAGUCAGACCAAUCUCCUAUAUAAUUAUGGGUCAUCUCGCGUCCUUACUACCAGUCUGCUCAUUUGUAGCCCUUGUAUACACUGCACAAAUUUCUACCAAGUGUGAACGCAGCCAUUGCCAGCUGUGCAUCCAAGCAAGGUAAACUCUGUUGCCCUAUUCCGUUCAGAACGGGGUAGUGAGUCCUUCCUACCCGUGCAGAUGGCGCCGGAAACGCUCCACGUGGGAUUUUUCCGAAUAACAUGUCCGCGACAAGAUAUUGAGCUCGCCCCAAUUUUCAUCUUCUGCUAUUCUCUUCUCUCUUCUUUCCUCUUCAAGUCUAAGCUAAUCUCGUAUAUCGUUGAAGCCACGACAGCUGAGGUCGGUCACCAACAGAAAUCAGGAGUAAGCUUUCCCUAUCCAUAUAUAAAGAGCUAACAUGGAGACUAACAAUGUUCAUCAGAGGGUCUAGCGGAAUCGACGCGUCGCACCCACACUCUUGAUGUCCAACGCUGUCGCGAGUCGGGAUGCAGAAUAAACACCGACUAUGACUUCUCACGGGGAGGUAUUCCGUCAGGUCUAUACAAAGCCCGGAGACUUCUGGGUUAUCUGCCAGAGAUUAUGCCCGAAUAUUCCUGGCUGAUCAUACAGGAGUUCCGUCGACAAGACAGACAUAUUCUCGAGCAAGAUGAAGCCUACACACCCCUAAGGACACUGGAGGAAACCAAUAGAUAUAUAGAACGCCGACAACAAGAAUCUAUGAUACCUCCGACGGUAUGUCCUCGCACACCUUCUCCCCCGAAUCAGACUCGACCUCAGACUCCCUCGAGAAGUACAACAACGGGCUUAGGACUGGCAAGCAGUUUUACCCACUCACCUCUGUCACUUAGACCUUCUCCGAGAGCGACGCCAUCAAGACCUAUACCAGCCAUCGCACUCCCUGUUUCUGAUAAACGGAAAGGAUUAGAGAGCCUCUCGGGCUCCAAGAGACCUCCUAAGAGUCCUUUUGGUCAGCGGCACUCCUUAAAUCAGCUGGAACCGCCUUCUUAUAGCCUUCAGUCCAGUACCUCUUUUAACAUUUUCAGCGAUAACACAGACCCGUUCACAAUUGUGGCUCAAACUUCGCCGUCCGCUCCUUCAGCUGCUGCAACAGAGCCUUUGGCAGUGGCAGAAGGCGAGGAAGAUAUAUAUCUGCAACUCCAGGAAAGCGACAAGGCCAAAUUUAGGGCUUUGUAUACAAGCAGGAGCUCCGGGUUUGGAGGAGACUUAGAUGCUCCAAACUUGAAAGCGAAGUUGGAUUUCCCUGCAAUGAGACGGGGCUUGCACGCGCAAGAUGCCAAACUUCGAGAGAUAUGGGGUACUUACGAGCCAAUGACUACACAGGAGUUAGUCAUGCGAUUCAAAGAUUCUCUGCUUGCGUCUAAGACCAAGAAGAAGGAGAAGCCAUCGAAAGCUAAGGGCCCAAAAGAGAAGCAAUCUCGUCUAGGGCGACCUUCGUCAGAAAAGGGCAAGGUAUCGAAGUCUCAGCGAUUCCUGGCUAGUGAGCAGAAGAGAACUGUUACUCCUGCGAGCUCUGUAAUAGGCGGCACAGUACAGCGUCGUCCAUCCGACAUUCCCCAGCUGUAUGAUGGACUGAUGGGCCCACGAGUGGUACACUCAGUGAACACAACUGGUCCUAGUGAAAUUUUUGCAACAGGUCUCGAAUCUUUGCGAGAGUCAGCGACAAUAAGAUACGGUGCUAUAUCUGAUGAACAUCUUGUGAAACUCUACAGGGCACGGUCGCGGCUUUCUGAUCCAGAAUUACCCAGACUCGGUAAUCAGAGCCGUGCUACAAGAGAAGAUACGUUGUACCAGCAAGAUUCCCAUCUUUUAUCUCGAUGGCCCCAGUAUCGACCGCCGUUGUCGAUUGGCGAAGUCUUAGCACUUCACGCUAUAGCACCUGCAGACUUCUGGAUCUCUCCAUACCAAAGAUUUGAUGACGAAGAGGUAGCAAGUCUUUACAACUCGAGAAGAUUUCUACAGCACCAUCUCCCCCGAAUGUUUGGAACACUGUCGCGUAAGGAACUUCUUCAUCGCCUCGUUGAACAAGACCGUGCCUUGGCCAAAGUAAUUGAAGGCUACACGCCUCCGUUUUCCCACGAAGAAGCCUUGAAGCUUCCACAGCACGAGCGUGAUGGUCAUUUGAAGUCUGAUGUAUAUGGAAAACUCUCAGUAAGAGAGUUGCAAGCUUUAAGGGCGCACCGGAAGGACCUAACGAAUUAUCUGCUCCCUUGGAAUAUCCGAAGCCGCAAAGCACUGACUGAGGCCUUCGAGCGACAGGACGUUGAAAUGAGGGCUGAGGACCCUACUUACGAGCCAGUCCUCCUACCUACGCAAGUCAUGUCUUUACCGGGCCCACGCGCUGAUGUUGUAAGGGAUCGGCUCAACAGUCGACGGGGCACAUAUGCUCAGGUUGGGCGCCAAGCGCUGCGUGCGCUGUGGGCGAAACGACGACACUUAACGCAGAGUCCAGCAGUACCACUGAGUGUCAGUCUAUUCAACGUAAUCAAGACUUUGGAAGAACAAGAUGAGGUUUUACUUGCCAGAGACCCUUCGUACGUGCCUGAGUUGCCAUUGGAUUCAGCACCUCUCAAAGGUCGACAUGCACGACCUGCUGAAUUUUCUGCCUACAAGCCCAAGACUGACGUUUACACAUCUCUAAGCUCCGAUGUGCUGUUUCUCUUGUGUCAAAGCCGCUCAAAACUCGACAACACGACGCGAAUCGAUAUAGUAAAUAUGAGCAGAACAAACAAUGCGUUGAUUCGUUACCUAGAGGAACAAGACGAGAAUAUGCGCAAAGUCAACCCCAACUAUACGCCAGUGCUCACCACCUCAAGAUCUGGAUCUUGUGCAGGUUUGCUGGACAAAAAGUCUGCCCAGCUGAUCUGUCGAUUGCUUGUUGAAGAUCUCGCAAGGUGUUUAAUAGCUCCCACAGAGCGGCGGCUUCUGCUCAGCACGAUUCCAGAUUCCCGAAACCUUAGCAGAACAUGGAACGGCAAUCUGGUCGCACCGUCCACCACUUUACAGCGUCUGCAAGACAUCAUUGACUAUGGAGCAUUGCCAACGUACACGUCAAGUGAAGAUCUACUGUGUGGGCCAAGAGCACUUUCGGAGGCUCUACAUACAGUGAGGCUUCGCAUAAACGCACGUGAGGGUCAUGAGAUGCCCGCUGAAGAGAUCACUGCUGAGCAGAUGUUUGCAUUGUUAUUCGAUGAAGAAGGAAGUCCCACCAUCGAAUAUUCUCGGUACGUUAAGGAGCGACUGGCAGCUACAGGGGCUGUCGCUGGCGAUAACACGUACGAUAUCGAGAUGGCCGCUUAUAUGGCGACAAGCAACCUUGGUAUCCAACAACUAGCUGCUGUUCUAGAGCUUCUCGCCGUCAGAGGAGACAUUGGCAGGCGAUUUUCAAUCGGUAUAGUUACUGCUGGUCAUGAGAUUGAGUAUCAGGGAGCCGUCCACCAGGUACCUGCUAGCGCUGCUGUUGUUGGAGAUGACAACCUGGAGGUCAUUUGGCUCUACAACGAUAAUGCGGAACUUAGCAGCGAAGCUGAAAUUGGUCAUUGGCAAGGGUUUGGUUUCAUUCCAGAUGAGGAUGAGGCUGAUCAAGCUGCAGCUUUGAUCAGUAAUCUAGGUCUUAGUCGUCAAGUUCGUGACGAUGACAUCGAAAACAGCGAGUUGCGAGCAUAUGGCCAACGUGAUUUCCGACAACCGCUCGUCUCAACAUCUUACAAUAGAAAGAUCAGCAAACGUGACUGCGACAGAUGCCGUGAGCUAAGACAAGAUGUGCCGUGCAAAGGAUAUCCUUGUACGAAUUGUGUUUCCUCAUGCGUUGGAUGUCGAAGACCAGAGGAGCAACAGCACGAGGCUUCACAAGCCUUCAACGGAGCAAAACUGUCAGUGGCAAGGCUGGCUCAGCGAGUUGAUGCCACGGAGAAUAGCUCGGGCGAGAAUGACGACGUAGACGAUGGUGGUGAUGAUGGUGACGCGCCAUGGACGAAACCUUUCUACGAAUGGGACGAAGUAGACUUCCGCUUGGCGCAUGAUGACCCCAAGAGAUGGCUGCCCGAGCCAGAACCGGAAGGAAAGCACUAUCUCGUCAUAACAGUUGGCCGCAUUUCGAGUGGGGGCAUCGGCAAACUGCUGAGACUUCUGUUUGGGGCCCCUGCUACUGCGCAGAAGCACGAGAGAUGGCUACAACGUAGUAAUAUACCCCAAUGGGCCCACCAUCUUCCAGAUUCCCAACGUCCCGGUGGAUAUAACUCUGUUCGCCGGAACUUCUACUUGGUAAUGUCUCGCAAAGGCUGCCUUCCCAUACCCACAUCAGCCAACGCUAGCAAUAUUGCCUCGCAUCCGUCACUGAGGGCAUUGAUAGAUCUCUUGGACAAUAUACUGCGGCCCAACAACCCAAAUAUCCCUCUUGAGAUCAAUUUCCUCCUCCGAGGUUUCGCUAGUUUUGCGGUAGAUGCUCAUAUGUGGGGUGACUAUAUGCCACUGAGCGGACUUUUCGAUAAGUUCCGAGCAGCCGAUCAACAAAACGGGACCAACAUUCUUGAUCGAGUCUACAUCACCCUUGCAGUAGAACCACAUACAGUUGAUGGAGUUGCCCGUUGGUCCUUGAACUUCCCUCAUCGUACACCAGGCUUCCAUGGAUUCCACGGUAAGUUGACGUAGCCGAAUACAUUUUGUGAAGAGUAGUGACUGAUCAAGUUCAGGCAAAUGCUACGCUAAGUAUAAGUUCAAAAGCUUGAUUGAUCGACGUCUAGCUAGACAGAACAAUGAAGCACUAGCUGCACAAGGUUUACCUCCUGCGCCAAAGGCUGCCGGACUCGACCAUCAUUGGGAUGAUGAUGCUCGGAACGACGUUUUCCUAGAUGCUUGGUUAGAUGAGUUCCGCUGGCGAGUGGGAAAUCUGGACGGUACCACCUCACCGACAGAAGGCCAGGUGCACGCCAGGAACAUCGGGAGAAACACGCCCUAAGAGGAGGAAUAGCCAGGCAAGUAAGUCUCUACCGACGCGAGAGAACAGGAUAGAUACGACAUCGGUACCGGAUCAAAGUACAAGAUAAAAUGUAGAAAUCUGCCAAGAUUCCAAGUCUGCCCGAGGUGUUGAAUCGCAAAAAAAAAAAAAAAAAAUGCAAAGAAUAUGCAGAAAGCUGAAGGUCUGGUCAAGGGGCCAAGCGAAUGAUAAGAAACGAGAUAUGAUGAACAGAAUGUUACGACUGAAUGAACAAUGGUCCACGACUUGAACGAAUCCGAUUGAUGAUUAAUGAUUUACGAGUAAUGCAAAAACGACGGAAACGAAGAUACGAUGGCACGAGCUUACGAGCGGGAAAGUGGUGGAAUAGAAAGAUGUUGAAGUUUAUGGAUGGAAAGGAUUGGACUCAAUGCUGAGAUCAAGAUCAGGGUGUUGACAAGGGAGAACGAGAACGGAUUGGAAUCGGAAAUCGAAGAGAAGUGGUGGCAUCUCAGAUAUAUACGCCGCUGUGAUCCUCGAAUCAAGAAGACUUCCCAGCUGGUAUUUCCACCUCUUUUAAAUAUGACUUGAUGUGAUCGUGAAUUUUUUCCCGGACAGGCUAUAAGUUUUUCAGGUAUUUCUAGCUGUGACAAUUUACCAAGUCGCGGCUUUGGCGCGAGCUCGUACACGAUUGUUUGCUUGCUGGUUCUUUUGUAUCACGUGAUACUAUCACUAGAUGCUGCCCUAGGU